AUGGAAGGCCCUAAUCAAAUACACCGACAUGCAAACAUGUGGAAUCUGGAGUACAUUGUCAACCAUGUCUUUUUCCCGCCUAAACUUCCCCAGUCGAACGACGAUAGUAUCGAGCAUAGUGACAUGUUUCUAGAAAUGUUACUUCGAGCUUUGGAGAAGUUUCGUGAUUUCAGCCCGGUGCAGGAGCAUCCAACAUGGAGAGCAUGUGCCGAGAUGGUUGGCGACAUGUCCAGCCUACGCAGUGAUACCGGAGGGUUGUUGGCAGACAACUUGGGGGAAACGUUGAUUAAAAUGAGAGACAAAGGGCUUCUCGCACUGCACAUCCGUGGCCAGAACGCAGGGCUUAUCGUGCGAAGGUCUCACUCUCAGUAUAUGUUCGAGUCAAUGGAGCUCUCGCCAACUACAAAGGACGUGAUAGAGACUAAAGGGCGACUUCGACGAUGUUUCCCAGGCCCAGCAAUAUCAAUCGCUCACGACCGGAUGGCCGACAUAGGUUUCCGAGAGAAUCUGGCCCAAUUUCUCUCGCAGCUGGAUACCGAGACACAUGAGACGGUAAUGCCGAUAGUAGUGAAGGCGAAUUCCACGGUUACAGAAACCCGAGACACAGCUAACCCUCGAUUCAUCACGGAGCUGCUUACUGGUAUCCUCCGUGCGGUUGGGCAACCGCUUGAUGUUCCUCGAGUCCAUAAACGCACCAGAGACGAUGUAUUAUGGAAUGAUACGCUUCAUCCUUGGCGGAGGUCGCCGCUAUGGCUCCUCCUUCGUGUUGCGCUGCAGACUAGCCUUGUACAAGAUCAUGGCGGUCAAGCCUCUCAUCACAGGUAUAAGUCGUUCAUGAUUUUCUUCAUGACCUACCUGUUAGAGUGUGCUCAUGCACUUGAUUUUCCGGGUGAUUUGUUGUUCGUCAUGACUGCGAAAAUCAGUCGACGUGUGCUGAAAGUCGAAGUCACCAAGGAAUGUGCUUGGCUCCAGUAUACAAGGCGUAUCGUACGCAAAGUUCAGGAGGAUUUAACAGGCCGAUGGAACAGGCUUCAGGUCAGUCCGGAUCCUAGUGGGGCGCAGUCCGGAUGGAAUCCACGGCAGCUUUGCUUUGUCAAUGAUGUGCGGCUGUCUUUGAGCAAUAUACGCCCAUAUAUUGCAGCGGUAGAGUCCCGGAAAAGACUGUCCUCUAGUCGCACUGGUCUCAUUCCUCUUUGUCCUCCUCGCACCUUACAGUGCAGCUCAGAACUACCAGAUCUCACGCACACGCAAUGCACCGCAGUAGAUAAUUUACUCAUCUUUGUUGCGGACCUGGAAUUCUGGGUUCAAGAGUGCCUUGAUGAUUGGUUGACCUUAAACCGUUCUGCAGAAGGGUCCUGCGUUGCUUUAAAAUCUGUGAUAGAUACAUACACAGGCCUUGCCAUCCCCAUCUAUACGGGCAACCCAGUGGAUGUCUCCUUGAUGCUACUUACGGUGAUGGGUCUAUGGGUAGCACUUGACAAAUGUGCCAUUCUUCACUGCCCGCUGCUGAAAGACUAUGAUCCCGGAUUUCCGCCAGGCCUAUUCGAGCCACUACUAGCUCCGAAAAAAUGCCAUUUGGAACGCUUACACCGUAUUGAGAAAUAUCUUUCUAAGAGGAAGAGUAGUUCGAACCCAAGCCUUCCGUCUGUCUUCGGGUCCAUCAAAUCAACUGGAAGCUUUGCCGUUAGGUAUUUUGAUCAAUCUCGAGACCACCAGUUGCUACGGCGUCGGAUUGAAAAGCAGGCACAGGCUGAACGAGACGAGAGGAUAUCACAGCUUGAGAGCUUGAAACGAGAAUACCAACGGUUGAUACAGGACUCAAAAACACGAAGUUGUGAGUACGUAACCCGGCGAAGGAAGCGUCGUGAAGUCACUUCUCACAGUAGUAGCUGUGAGAAGUGUAGGCUCGAGUCAAGGGCGGAGAGCCUAAUGAUAAACAUUCACGAAUGGUCUCUUCCUGCAAAAAAUCUAGAGGCUAAGGCAGCGGUGUUUGAGCUCAAUGUGCCGUCAGUGGUAUCUGCAUGGCGAGACACGACAUACAGCAUCCUUGUAGACCUGCUCUCUGGCGACCCUGGAUUUAUACCCGCCAGGUCUAGAGCUACAGGAAAAGUAUACACCCUCUACGGCUACGAUAACCUAAGUAAAUUCUCUAUAUCAGUUCCCGGUCGACUUCAGAUAGCAUCAAUCCCAAAACCAUUCGUUGUCUCACAUUACAAGUCAAUGAAGAUCUCUAUGGCUAGUAGGGACAAUAUAUGUGUUAAUAACGGAAUGAGUUACUCGCUAUAUGACUCAAAGACAAAAAAUUGGGCGACAGACCUUAUCGACAAGUGCAACAUUCAGGAAAAAUGUACGCACGAGCUUCAAUCUUCCAGGUACUGCGGGAUGCAGAAUGCUGUGAGUAGCACAGAUCACACCUCCAAUGAGGUCCUUGCAAAACAACAUGAAUGCCCCCGGGGCUUAACGCUUCAUGAAUUCUAUGAUUUUUGGAUACUGCGCGCAGGUCAUCGGCUACAGUGGAGAAACAUUGCGGUUCAGCUCGUUACUCACUCGAUCAACUUCAAUGACGAAGAGACCCACGUCUUGAUUGUUCAGAGUAUAUGGCAAGCGGGCCCGGCGAGUGAUGGAAUGGUGUGUCGAGAAUCCCACGUUGACCUUGAAGAAGAGGAUUUUGGGAUAUCACUCCUCUCUACCCUAGAAGAUUCACUCAACCGCAUUGAAGGAAAUUGGCAAAGUGCACCAGCAGUCCGUACCUUUACAGCCAUAGCAACCCGGCUGCUUUCUCUUUCAUGUCAUGAUUCAGUGCGUCAGGGUUGCUAUCGCACUCUACGACGAGCCCGGGAAAUCACGCUAGAGUGGACCCGCGAUAUUAUCAAGAAAGUACAGGCCCAACUAACAGAGGGAUAUAGGUCAAUUCUGUACAGGCGUGCACUUGAAAUGGCCCUAAGCUGUCAUGGAACGUUCGAUGUCGAAUCGCAGCAUAUCCACCAUAUACUAGGAUCUAGCGACGAUAUUGCAAUAUUAACAGAAUGUGCAAUUGCUGUGCAUGACCUCUGCCCUCCUACAACCGAUUGCCUACCCCAGAGCACCAAGUCUCUGUUACGGAGGUACUCAAGGUUGUGUCACUUUCUUGAGCCGUUUGUCCGGCGCCACAGCGCGCUAAGUAGUGGCCUUAACAUAACGGUUGAACUUCUAUGGGCUGGGUAUAAGCCCGCUGGAGCUUGGUCCGCUCUAGAUGCCCCUAAUAAUCGCUGGGUCGAGACGAAGACAUCUGGUGGGCCUGGAGCUCCCACGAUGGUUGUCAACUACAAUAUCCUUAACGGCAGCUUGCUCGUCAAUGGAUUGCCACUAACGCGGCUUCCUCCUUCAUAUACAUUACACAGAACUUACCAGCGGAUAUUUGGUGAGAAAGUACUUGAAGUUGUCCCUUCGACAAUGGCUGAUAUGAUCUUUGAAACGCGGGCUAAAAUAUGUGGCCAUCAGGUCAGUUUUAGGAUGCACGACUCAGAGCUGGUCAUUCGAACUAAAGUCUAUGGGCAUAUUUACGAGCUUAUUCCUGACACUGCGUUAACUCGGGAUUUUCCCGAUGCUUUUGUUCAACAAUAUGCACACUGGCUGGAAGUAUCCACUGGCCGGGUUGAGUGGAGGCCGCUGGAACAUGUUUGGGAAACUACUUCGAAUAACUGGUGGAUGAAACGAGAGGAAAUCCACUACACAUUAGUCAAAGGCGACUUAAGAUUGAUCGAUGUUCGAAGUCCAACGGCGAAGGCAGUAUCAUUGGCCCUGGGUCCCCUAGAGAGCACGAACCAUAUACAUAUAUUCUUCAACCACAUGACGAGAUGCCUGGAUAUUCACCUGCCACGCCUGAAACUUGACUUUUUCUUGACACCAAACUCCUUGCAACUUGAAUCGAAGCAGUUCAGGGAAAUGGUCGUUGAUGAGAACCAAUCACUAAGGGCCUUAACUGGGUUGACGAAUAAGCUUAUGCUUCGAGGCUCUCGCGACUCGUCACGAAGUGUGAUUAUUCCACAUGGCGAUGUGACAUCUGAAAGGACGGAUCAGCAUGUCUCCGUGAGAAUUAAACCUGAUCCCUCUGAGCAGAAUGUCUCCUACCACUUCUACCAGGUGGAUUUGACGCUAGGCCGGUUAGUUGAUAAUGGCAGCUUGAAAAGCAGGCUAUAUAAAUUCUAUCUUCAUGCGAUAACGAGCCAUUUCCUAGUAGAUGGACUUACUGGAAGAACAGGGACUGAGGAGGCCCUCAGCGGACUAAGCUUAGCGUCCACACAGUCAUUCCUCAAACUCGAUUGUGAUGAAAUUGACCUGCUGAAGCUUAUUGCGAAGCUGACACCGCGGAGAGAAUACUAUCCCAAACAUUUACGUGUGAUGCAACAGAUUAAGUGGAACGAAGAUAUCCCUCCACUCGCGCAGCAUCCCUCGUUCAGUAGAUUUGUUAAUUUGAUCUUCAACAUAGCCAGUGCUCAAGAUAUACCUGGUUCACUCCCACCAGAGAACAUACCAACAGAUGAGCACCUCCUUGAGAGGGCCGCCGCUCGAGAAGCUGUAUAUCGCGUACAUGGCUUCGGGGCCGAGGACCACAAGCCUGGCUAUGAUAGUGUUUAUGUACCUCGAGAUCGGAUUUCUGAAAACACACGCGAACUUGAUGUCUGUGCCAUCGCAAAGCAAGUAGAUGAUUGGUCUGCAGGCCUGCAAAAUCAUUCACAUUUACUUUCUGAGAUCGAAUAUUGGUCACGACCUGUCGCAGGUGUUAGCGAAGAAUCUCUGCUGCCCCUGGGCUAUGAUGUAUCGUGGCUUGACACACCUUCCAACCUUCUCCCUGGUCGGUGGUCUGCACUACAGGACGGAUACUCUCCUGUUAGGCACAGGCUGAAGGCUGCGAUCGAGGGCCAAUGUUGGCCGUUCUACAAAUGCCCAGAGAGCAGCCUUCCAAAGUGGCAUGACGAGACCUUUAACGAGGCCGAAGAUCGUCGCAGGAGGGAACAUUUAUCCGCGAGGGAAAUACAAGUUGAAGCGCUUACUGAUAGGCUUAUUCAGCAAUGGCCGACACCCAAUCCUUCUGAGCAAGAUGACACAGGUUGCAGCACCUAUAUCAACUUAGACCAAGCGCUAUUGGGUGCGCAAGCAUUAUUCUCCACUUGGUACACAAAUCUCGAGUUCAAGAAUUACAUAGCUGAAGCGCAAGAUAUCCUGAACAGGUUGGUUACUAGGAUUGAGAACCCAAGUUUCUACUCCUUUUCCCAGCCCCCUGAAGGCUAUAAGCCAAAACUCGGACAUAUUAGACUCGAUCGCUUCAUGCAGAGUGAAGGGCCAGCCAUUCUUCCUGUUUGCUCUGAUAGUCAUCAAUUAUGGAUUCGGCGACGAUGUGGGAAGGAAAUAGACAAGAGCGCUGUAAAAGCUCUACUAACCUGUCGAACAUCGCACCCAAAGGGUGAGUAUGAGAAGCAGUAUGCAGAUGACUUGCUCAAAAGCCUUGAAUCACUCCGCGAAGACGAGAUUUACAGGCUUACCAAACCCCUGGCGGAACUUGUACCGGAAUUGAAGGGCUUUUUAGAGAGGUGCAAGCAGAAUGUCGACGAUAAUUACCGAAUUUUCCACAGCUGCAUCCAAUCCCAAUCGUCUGCCGGAGAGCAACUUGCCUGCGAUGCAAGAAUGUGGCCGAGAUUGUCUCCUACGUCACUACUCUGUCACCUGGCCAGAGAUAAAUUGCCCGCUUUAAGUGAGAGCUGGAGACGGUUUCUUGUCAGCUAUGGAACGGCGAUAUCAGCGCUACAGCGUGCGCACCGGCUCGUCAAGUGUAGUAAUAACGUUUCAAAUUUACUCAGUGAGCUCCAAAACUCGGGUCACAUAGGCUGGGAACCCAUGCAAUAUCCGGAUUGGCUUCUUCUAGAGAUAGAAAAUGACAUGCUUAUUCGCCCAGUACAGGCCCAGGUUGCGCGUGAGAUGAUAUCCCCCUUAUCCAGCAAAAACUCAGUUCUGCAAUUGAACAUGGGCGAGGGUAAAUCGUCUGUUAUCGUCCCAAUUGCUGCCGCCACAUUGGCAGACACGAAAAAGAUGGUCCGGGUUGUUGUCCUUAAGCCUCUGGCGAACCAAAUGUUCCACCUACUGGUUCAGAAGCUGGGUGGCCUACUCAACCGACGUAUCUAUUAUAUUCCAAUCUCGCGAUCACUAAAGUUGACUACGGAGAGUGUAGCUAAGAUCAGAAAGCUAUUUGAGAGUUGCAAGCGCUCCGGCGGAGUGUUACUCGUACAGCCAGAGCAUAUCCUCUCAUUUGAGCUGAUGGGGUUUGAGCGUCUUCUGUCAGGAGAUGAGGAGGUUGGUAACUCUAUCAUCAGAACACAACGAUGGCUUAACGAAUAUUCGCGCGACGUGCUGGACGAAAGCGAUGAAAUCCUAAGCGUCCGGUUUGAACUGAUCUACACCAUCGGGGCUCAACACGCAGUCGAGUUUAGCCCGGAUCGCUGGGCAAUCAUUGAGGCUGUAUUGAGAAUAGUUUCUGAUUGCAUAGAUGUGGUCAACAAAUUGCUCCCAGGAGGAUUGGAGGUGAAACUUGCGCGUCAAGGGGGCUUUCCUCGCAUUCGAAUCCUACAGGCCGGUGCAGGUGAAAAGCUGCUGGAAAUAGUAGCCCGUAAGAUAUGCGAUAAUGGACUUCGCGGUAUACCCGUGUGGACACUCCCUUGUGAUGUACGAGAGGUACUAUUCAAGUAUCUUACUGAUCUUUCACUAGCGGAAGCCGAAGCAGAAAUAUUGCAGGCUACCGUGUUUACUGCAGAAUCAGUCAAAACAGGUGUACUUCUUCUCAGAGGCCUCAUUUCUGGGGGAGUCCUGAACUUUGCAUUAAUGCACAAAAGAUGGCGCGUCGACUACGGGCUUGACCUCACGCGGACAAUGCUUGCUGUACCCUACCGCGCGAAAGACAGUCCAGCAACCCGAGCUGAAUUCAGUCAUCCAGAUGUUGCUAUCGUUUUAACCUGCUUGUCGUACUACUACGGUGGGCUUAACGACGAGCAGCUCCGCCUCAGCUUCGAGAAGCUUCUUCUAUCAGACCACGCACAGGAGGAAUAUGAUGCUUGGGUCCAAGAUGCCCCUACACUACCCUUAUCUUACCGACAACUGAGAGGCAUAAACCUAAGCGACGGCGAUCAAUGCUCUCUGCAUGUAUUUCCCUCACUUCGGUUUGCUAAAGGCGUCAUCGAUUUCUAUAUGUCCAAUAUCGUUUUCCCCAAGGAUAUGAAACAAUUUCCAUACAAACUCUCAUCUUCGGGGUGGGACAUUGCGCGAAAGAAGGCUUUUCCGACCACAGGCUUUAGUGGAACUAAUGACAGCAGAUAUGUGCUGCCAACGUCUAUCCACCAGAGUGACCUUGAGGAACAAAGACAUACAAAUGCAACCCAGCUCGUCUGCCUGCUUCUCCCAGAAAAUACCUAUUAUCAUAUACCACGGGGUACAUCAAACGAUGGCCUCGAUGCCGAGACGCUCUUGAAUGAAAUAGCCAAAUCAGACCCCCCUGUGAGAGUUCUUCUUGACGUUGGGGCGCAGGUGUUGGAACUAAAGAAUGAACAAGUAGCAGCCUCGUGGCUUCAGCGUGUCCCAUCUAGCAAGGCAAUGGCGGCGGUCUUCUUUAAUGAUGAUAACGAACUCACAGUCCUAACCCGAUAUCACACCACAGAAAGUUUCAUGGUAUCCCCAUAUGCCAAGCAGAUGGACAAGUGCCUAGUGUACUUGGAUGAAGCUCACACACGGGGCACAGAUUUGAGGCUGCCGGCAGAUUAUCGGGCAGCUGUAACGUUAGGGCCUGGACUAACAAAAGACCGGCUCGUACAAGCGUGCAAACGUAUGCGGAAGCUUGGGGAAGGCCAGUCUGUAAUGUUUUGUGCCCCGAUGGAAGUAGAAAGGAAAAUACUUGAUUGCAGUGGCAAAGCUGUCAGCGAUCGCGUCGAGGUAGCUGACGUGCUGAGAUGGAGUAUUCAAGAGACCAGCGUCCACACAAAAAGGAGUAUUCCGCUAUGGGCAACACAAGGGAUACGAUAUCAACGCCGUCAUACAAUGUGGUCUGGUUUGUUAAAUGAUCCAAUGGGAACACCUUCGUUAGAAACCGUGGAGUCGCUACUCGAGCCAGAGGCACAGAGCCUGGAGAAACGUUAUGGGUUGGAUCGCCAGUCCACAGGGGAAGAAGUCCUUUUAAGCCUUUCUAAAGAGCAGAGUCAACUGGAAGCUAUUCGAGAAAGAUGUCGACGGUUCGGAAUUCUCUCGUUUGAUAGUACAGCUCUGCAAGAAGAGCAGGAACGCGAAUUGUCGCCAGAGAAUGAGCGAGAACAGCAGGUUGAACACCCACCAACGUCAGAACCCCUCAGACACACCAUCAGCAAGGAAAUUAGGCGCUUUAUAAAAGUGGGAAUCCUCGACCGCUCCUCACAGUAUUUACAACCUAUCUUUCAGACACUGGGCGGGACCACCGCCGGUGAAUCUUUGGAACUAGCCGCGUGGCCGGACUAUCUACUUGCAACCAAAGAUUUUGCCCGCACCGUCCGAGGUCCCGUGGGCAUGAACCUUGGGAUGUUUCUAAGGCCCGUGCAAUGGAUUGCAUGUAGUCGGGACUCUGUUACCAGAGAAUGUGUGAUUCUAAGCCCUUUCGAAGCGAACGAGCUACUGCCAGAUAUCAGAAAAUUCAAGGCAGUCUCGCUACAUGUCUAUUCACCACGCACAAGUGCCUCUAUGCGGUCAAUGGAGGACCUCACUGCAUUCGCCAUUCCGGCUGUUUUGACACCGCGAAUGAAACCAGCCGUCACCAUGCAGCUAAAUCUGUUCGCUGGCCAAUUGUAUCUCAGAUGUCACGAAGAGUACGUCCUCCUUUGUCAAUUUUUAGGACUGGCUUCCUGCGCGCCGAAUAGUAAAUGGGUCAAGAUAUACGGCGACGGGUUCAUCGAUCCAGCCAGCCGAGUGAUCUUUGAUGAAAUCAUGGCAAAACAGUGCCGAUUUUUGAAAAGUCCGAUAGCAUUUCUGAAAACUCUGCUAAAUCUACGAAGAAAAGGACAGAGUCUUAGGAGGUGUCACCUUGGAUCAAUUCUAAAUGGGGAACCGAUACAUAAGGGAGAAUUCUGA